UCCCGUCGCCAUUUUUCGGUCUCGUACUCGCACUUCUGGUGGCUCGGGUGAGGGGGGGGACGAGCAGAAUUAAGGGAAAGUAUAAAAUAUAGAAUCACUAAGCCCCGGAUCCCUCGUGAGCAGUCGGGAGUGCACGCGAGAGCUACAGCACAACGUACUGGCUCCUGAGAUGCACGCGCAGGAGACAAGCCGCUGCUGUGAAAUAAUUUUUUGUGUGAAGACGUGUUGCGGGCCGCCAUUUUUUUGCUGUGCUGCCUCAGAAGUCUACUCCGACUCGAGAAAGGGCAUUCAAAAUCGCAUUUCCAUGACGUGUGCCUUAUCGUAAGAUCAAGAAGAUACGGCUAAUCAUUUCGUUUCCGACCCGCGGCCACUGUCGACCGUUUGCAGACAUGAGGAUUUAACAGAUGAGAGAGACAGAGAGAAAAAUAACUGAGGCCACCUUUUCCGUUCUCAAAACUGACACUGACUGGAGGAGAUAAAUUAUUAGAAGAGAAGAGCCUGGUGUUUUCUCGGAAGGCGGAACAAAAAAGGGAAGCUUCAUUGAUCAUUUGUUGCUUCGGUUCUUCUUGUUUUGUGUGUCGCUAAGUUUUUAUUUUUCCCCGUUUUGGCCGCUCGAACAAUCACCGAGCCAUUGACUGCUGAACACAGGAACCACAUUAUGCUCCAAAGUUGGAUCUAGCCAGUUGCAGCCUGCCUCUGAAAACGUCAGACUGCUAUUAACUUAUUUUUGAACGGAAAUGUCAACUGCUCGGUUUGAUUCAGCUGAUCGGUCCGCCUGGUAUUUUGGACCCGUGUCACGACAAGAGGCACAGAAUAGGUUACAAGGACAGAGACAUGGCAUGUUUCUUGUUCGAGACUCGUCGACCUGCCCCGGCGACUACGUGCUGUCCGUCUCUGAAAACUCCAAAGUGUCUCACUAUAUCAUCAACUCUUUGCCGAGCAAGAGGUUUAAGAUAGGCGACCAAGAAUUCGAGCACCUUCCUGCCCUCCUGGAGUUCUACAAAAUCCACUACCUGGAUACGACCACGCUGAUAGAGCCAGCCCCCAGGUAUCCAAGCACAGUGAGUUGUCCCAUCCAGCCCAUUGGUGCCCCAGAGGAGAACUUGGAGUAUGUGCGGACUCUAUACGACUUCCCUGGUAGCGAUGCAGAGGACCUUCCCUUCAAGAAGGGGGAGAUCCUUAUCAUCUUGGAUAAGCCAGAGGAGCAGUGGUGGAGCGCCAAGAGUAAAGACGGACGUAUCGGGAUGAUCCCUGUGCCCUAUGUGGAGAAACUGGUACGACCUUCCCCUCACCCCGGCCAGCCUUCCCAUGGAUCUCGCAACUCCAACAGCUACGGUAUCCCAGAGCCCUCCCACGCCCUUGUCCACGCCUAUGCCCAGCCACAGACACCUUCGCCAUUGCCACCUGGCACACCUGGAGCUGUUAUCAACCCUCUACCGUCCACGCAGAACGGGCCCGUCAUGGCAAAGGCUAUCCAAAAGCGAGUGCCAUGUGCCUACGACAAAACAGCGCUUGCUCUAGAGGUUGGUGACAUUGUCAAGGUUACGAGGAUGAACAUCAGCGGUCAGUGGGAGGGAGAGGUGAAUGGACGGAGGGGUCUCUUCCCAUUCACCCACGUCAAAAUCAUAGACCCCCAGAAUCCGGAUGAGAGUGACUGACCUAAGAGUUUCGACUGGACCCUCUCGCCAGUAUCGACCUGUACCUGAAUGUGCUGGCUGUCUCCAACCUUUCCCGCCAGUGUCACCACGGUUACGUGCUUGCCUGCUUGGGGCUGUACAAUGAUAGCGACCCCUCUGUUGUUGCCAACCGUUGCAAGGCUUUCUGACUGUUUACAGCUUUUGGACAUUGGAUCCAAACUAAAAAAACCUGACCCCACUUCUCCCAGUUCCCCUUUCCUGUGUCUUGGUUCCAGGCUGGGCAGUGUUUUUGCAUUAGUGUCCAUCAGUGCGAGUGUGUACAUGUGCGCGUAUGUAUAAGUGCAUGUGUGCGAGUGAGUGAGUGACUGUGUGCUUGUGUGUUCACAAUAGAUAUUUUCCACAUUACAUCACGACAGGUCGGUUUUUAUUUUUUAUUUGAUUCUCUGAAUAUUUGUUUUGAAGUCUUGGGACGUGUUGGUGGGUGUUUGUUUUGUUGAUGUGAGGAUAUUUGUACGAAGUAGGGAAAAGCAAUAUCCCUAUGGACUUGGGAGAGCACUGAGGCAAUGAGGAGCUAACCAGCCAGUCAAAUGUUAUUUCUCCAAACAAUCAAGUCACUGUUGUACCUUAACCAUCACACUCAAGCGCGCGCGCACACACACACACACACACACACACACACACACACACACACACACACACACACACACACACACACACACACACACACACACACACACACACACACACACACACACACUUAUUGGCCAUGAGUUAUUCAGGUUGACAGGUUUUUGAUGUGCAUGUGAUGUGUGACUGGAGCAGGAAGCAGGAGAGAUGGGUUUGUGGAGGAUGUAGCUCGUAACGUGACUUCAUAGAUCCCAUGAGCCCAUCCACUCUUCAACCUGGCCCAAGUCUGGCUGACUAGACUUAUUUAUCUUUUGUUAAUAAGAAAUGACACGGCCAUAUGAUUGAUGAUUUCAUCUUCUAUUUUCUUUUUCUUAUUUGUGCCACAUGAUCAAUGAUAGUAUUUUAUUUUAUUUUUUUUGUUUUAAUCUGUGACAUGGAGAUGUAUGGUAGAGGGGUAACUUUGCAUGUCCACUCGGUACCUCUCUGUACGGUCUUUCACAUAAUUUCGAACUAAAAAGUCAUUGCUUAGAGAUUAGCAGGUUUUUUUUAGUGCCGACAGCACCAAGCACUAGAAGAUAGAUUUCAACUUUCUGCAUUGGAGUGCAAAGCUUCGAACAAGUCAAAUAGCAACGGCAGUAGUCCUGGGCAGCACUAUCCCAGAAGCAUCUGACUGCAAGGCUAGCUAAAAACGCAAUGUUGGGAUGAGGACCGAAGGCCGUCCACUGAGGGGAAACUUCACUCUCAGUGGUGUAGGUCAGAUGAGGAGGAGGAAAUGUAUUAGCAAGCCAAUGAGAUCCCAUCAAUGCCUUUUUCAGAGAGUAAAUGCAUCUUUUAAUGCAUGCAAUCCCCUCUCUAACCAUGUUUUUUUUUAAUGUGAUGUUACUCUUGUCAAUUUAGGAUUUCAACCAGCUUUAUACCUUUUAAAUAUUUGUUCCGUGCACAAUAUCGGUCUCUUGUUAUGCAAACGGAGUAAUGGAAAGCGUCUUUGUUCAUACUGCGCUGCAACCAAUUCUAUUUGAUCAGUAGGAGCUGAGGAUUAAACAGUUGUACAAACAGUUCUGACCCCUAGAUUUCUGCUGUUAAAAAAAAAAAAAAAAAAAAACUAUUCCAUCCCCCUGUCUGUCUCACGGCUUUCCGUUGAAAUCGUUGCUCAGCUCUUCACUCUGAGUAACAUUGUGCAGCUUUUAGUUGUGUCCCAAUCUUUUUUUUUUUUUUUUUUUGUUUUUUUGUUUCUAGUCCGCUAUUAAAUCAAGCAUUUCAAAAUGAGUGAUGUUAUUAAACAAAAGUACCUACGGUGACAUUUACAAAAGGGAAAAAUGCCUGCUGGUUGCCUCUGUGCAUGACCUCUUGGCCCGGGGAGAUGGUUCUACCCGGCCAAAUGCUGCUUAAUGUCAUUUAUGUCCUUAUUAAAUAAAGGUUUUCUUUUUUUUUUUUUUAAAUCCAUCCUGGUCUGCUCAAACAAACCAGUGUGGGUUUUCCUCAUCAGACUUAAUGAAAUCUACUAAUUAAGCAAUACACCCUGAUUAUUUCCUUUUCUUGAGGUGAACUUGCUUUUCUCAUGCUUCUGUUUGUUGUUUUGUAAUGGCAUUAACAGUAUUACUGUGCUCUCUUCUCAUAUUCUAGGAAAGCCUGUCUUUUACUUAAGGAUUGAAAAUUGUGCCUUUUAUUUUCUUAUACCAUUUACAUGUGUUAAUAUUUCCCAUGGUUAACACCUGUGCUGGUAUUGACCCUUUAUGUACAGAACAAGUAAAUAAAAUUUACGUCUACUUCUUUAA